UGGGUACAUACACAGAUUGCGACAGCCACGCCAAAAUCCGAACAGAAACCUUCUGACGCGAGUCAAGUACAUGGGCACACAAAUUUGUAUUUGAACAACGAAAAGGACCAAGUCAUGGGCAAAGUUGAUAACGAAGAAGUAGAACACGCUUCUUUUGGAGGGAAGCUGUUUGCAUAUAAAUAUAACGAAUUUUUGUUUCGAAGAAACGUUUAGUUCCAGCUUAACUAAUCGAUAUACCCUUACAAUGGAUGAAGAUCUGCACAUGGUGGAGGAGUUCGAAGAACUUUCACAGUAUGAAACAACACCAAUAGUUGAGGUAAUUUCUACCAGCAGCGGCUUACCCACUACAACCUCGGCAGAACUAUCAUCUACAAUUUCCUCCAGCAUAUUAACGGAAGCCACCAGGCUACUAACCUCCACGAUACCAUCGUUAUUGACAACUGAUCCAAUAACAUCCACCUCGAAUCCUGCGAAACUUCUUAGCAUCGUCAGCAGUUCAACGACAUCAGGGCCUAGCGGCAGCCCAACAACAAGCACAACCUUCUUAGAGAAUGUAGAAGAUUUGUCCUUCUCGGCCGUCGAUUAUGUGAUAUUUGCCGCCAUGUUGCUCAUGUCGGCGCUGAUAGGAGUAUACUUUGGAUUUGUGUCCAAAAUUAAGCAGAACAACACCAAGGAGUACCUGCUGGCCGGGAAAUCGAUGAGCAAGUUUCCGGUGUCGGCUUCGUUGAUUGCUACACAUGUUUCCGGCAUCACGUUGUUGGGAGCACCUUCUGAGAUCUACGCCCAUGGCGGUCAGUAUUGGAUGAGCAUUAUUUGCGCGUUUCUGCUCAUGUUUCUGAUGGAGAAAAUCUACCUGCCGGUGUUCUACGAUCUGCAGGUCACAUCGGUUUUCUCGUACCUGUCCCAGCGCUUCGACAACACCGUUCGAAGUGCUGCGAGCUUCGUGUACGCUCUGGCAGUCAUGAUCUACAUACCGGUGGUGGUUUACGUACCGGCUUUGGCGUUUAACCAGGUUACCGGAAUCAAUUUGCAUCUGAUCACGCCGGUGCUGUGCAUUAUCUGUAUCUUCUACACAACCGUUGGAGGACUGCGGGCUGUCGUUUGGACCGAUACGCUGCAGUUUGUGCUGAUGAUCGGUUCUUCGCUGGUGAUCAUCGUUUUGGGCAUUGCAAGUGUCGGUGGAUUCUUCGAGGUGUGGAAAGCUGCCGACCGGGGUGGUCGGUUGGAGUUUUUCAACUUGGAUCCCAACCCUUUUAUCAGAACAUCAUUCUGGACGGUACUUCUUGGUUUGACAACCAUGUGGAUCGGUAACCUUGGCGUUAGUCAAGGUUGUGUACAACGAUUCCUAGCCGUUCCAGAUCUUAAGGUGGCCAAAAACUCGUUGAUCAUCUUCACUGCUGGUCUUAUCUUCGUCAAAAGUUGUUCCUGUUUUACCGGAAUGUUGAUUUACGCCAAGUAUGAAUCUUGUGACCCUUAUACUGUACGGAAGAUCGAGAAGUUGGAUCAAAUUCUUCCAUACUACGUCAUGGACGUAGGUGGAAAAAUUCCUGGUCUUCCAGGACUCUUUGUGGCGGGCAUUUUCUCGGCAGCUUUGUCUACAAUGUCGUCGAGUUUAAACACCCUUGCUGGAACGAUCUACGAGGACUUUAUUCGUCCACACUAUCCGCACUCGACCGAAAAAACGGCCAGUAAUGUGAUGAAAUUUCUAGUCGUUCUUCUUGGAGUGAUCGUCAUCGCUUUAGUAUUCGUAGCGGAACGAAUGGGUCAAGUGAUGCAGAUGGCCAUUUCGCUGUCCGGAGUAACCUGUGGUUCUCUCCUGGGAAUGUUCACCUCAGGAAUGAUUUCAGAAACCAUCAAUACUAGUGGAGUGAUUGCCGGCUCAAUCGUUUCGGUUAUCUCGAUUGGUACUAUUCUAGUCGGCGCUCAAAUGAAUCCCAAAGCUCCAACGUUACCCUUACGAACGGAUGGUUGCGAUUGGAGUGUUCUACAGAACAUUACCCUCGUGACGCCAACCUCAACCGAGGCCCAAGAUGAUGUGCCGACAAUCUUUAAGUUGAGCUUCAUGUACUACGCCCUGUUGGGGGUUAUCAUUUACUUUGCGGUGGCAUAUGUCGUUAGUUGGAUGACCGGGGGAGGACAGAUUAACGAUCAACGACUGUUGGCGCCAUUCUUGCGAAAUCAAAAACAGUACGAAAAGGAGCAAACGCUUCGGAUGCACAACAUUCACUAUGCAGAUUUGGACUUGGCGCUCAAGGAACUGCGGAAAGCAAGCGAAAGCAAAUAGUGCUUUGUGAAGUGAGGUAUUAUCUUUGAUGUGGUAUUACGUAUAAGUUUAAGAAAUAAAAAAAAUCAAACUAGCUGUUUUACCCGUUAUUGCUCAAGUCGUCUAAAAAGAUUGGUUCCAUAUCAAAAGUUCCUCAUUUGUUAGGAUUUAUAGCAUACUUUUAUCAAAUAGAUUUCCAAAUUCAUGCUAUUUUUCUUAUAAAAACUUGACCAAAAACGAAAAAUUUUACCGAUUAGAUGUUCUGAUUGGAAAAUUCUAGUACAAACCAUAUACCUAUUUUAAAAUUGAAACUUAAAGGCUUAAUCUGUUCAAUAAACUUUAAUUGAAAAGCAGUUCCUGAAUCUGUAAU